CUGAGCGGCGCGGGUCGGGUCCCGGUUCCCGGUUGCGGGUCCGCGAUGCCGCCCGCCCGCACCGGGUACGCGGCUCCGUGGUGGGUGUGGUGGCUGCACCGGCUGCCCCGCCGGGGGCUGCGGCUGCACAGCGUGUCCGCCGCCUUCCGCCCGAGGGACAGCGACUACCAGCAGUCGCUGCUCUUCCUGGGCUUGGUCCCUGCCGUCUGCCUCGGCCUCAACCUCCUCUUCCUCACCGUGUACCUCAUCUGCCUGUGCUGCUGCAAGCGGGACCAGGACCCUGAGACCAAGCGGCCCCACUCGUGCUGUGUCACCUGGAUGGCGGUCACCGCGGGGCUCAUCUGCUGCACAGCCGUCGGCAUCGGCUUCUAUGGGAACAGUGAGACCAACGAUGGGGUGUACCAGCUGCUGUAUGCCCUGGACCACGCCAACCACACACUGACCGGCAUCGACUCCCUGGUAGCAGACACCACACUGCAGAUGCAGGUGGGCCUGGAGCAGCACCUGCAGCGCCUGAACGAGCUGCUGGCGGCAAGGGGGGACUACCUGCAGACCCUCCGGUUCCUGCAGCAGCUCUCGGGCAGCAUCGUGCUGCAGCUCGCGGCGCUGCCUGUGUGGCACAGCACCAGCACCGACCUCACCGUGCUCGCCGGCCACGUCGCCUACAUCGAGUACUACCGGUGGCUGUCUUACCUGCUCUUCUUCAUGCUGGUGCUCACCGUCUGCCUCCUGGCCUGCCUGGGGCUGGCCAAGCGCUCCCGAUGCCUCCUCACCACGAUGCUGUGCUCUGGGCUGCUGACCCUCAUCCUCAGCUGGGCCUCCGUGGCUGUGGACACGGCAGCGGCGGUGGGCACCAGUGACUUCUGCGUGGCCCCAGACCAGUUCAUCAUGAACCAAACAGAGAGUUACAUCAGUGCGGAGGUGGUUCACUAUUACCUGUACUGUGACCAGGGCCUGAGCAACCCCUUCCAGCAGGCUCUCACCGUCUUCCAGCGCUCGCUCACUACGAUGCAGAUCCAGAUCCAGGGCCUGAUCCAGUUUGCGCUGCCUGCAUUCCCAACAGCCGAGAAAGACCUCCUGGGGGUGCAGCAGCUCCUCAACUCCUCAGAGACCAGCCUGCACCAGCUCACGGCCAUGCUGGACUGCCGGGGGCUGCACAAGGACUACCUGGAUGCCCUCAUUGGCAUCUGCUACGAUGGGGUGGAGGGUUUGCUCUACCUCAUUCUCUUCUCCUUGCUGGUGGCUGCCUCCUUCUCCACCAUCAUCUGUGCCACACCACGAGCAUGGAAGCUGUUCACUGGACGGGACCGGGACUACGAUGACAUGGACGAUGAGGACCCCUUCAACCCGCAGGCGCGGCGCAUUGCCAGCCACAACCCGGCACGGGGGCAGCUCCGCAGCUUCUGCAGCUACAGCAGCAGCCUGGGCAGCCAGAGCAGCCUGCACCCGCCGGCACAGACCAUCUCCAACGCACCCGUCUCUGAGUACAUGAACCAAGCUGUGCUCUUCGGUGGAAACCCACGCUAUGAGAACGUGCCCCUCAUCGGCAGAGGCUCUCCUCCCCCCACGUACUCCCCGAGCAUGCGAGCCACGUACCUGUCCGUCACCGAUGAGCACAUCCGGCCCCACAGCACCGAGGUCCCGGCCUAAGCCUGGCCCCACGCGGCUCCUGGCACCGGCAUUCCUGUGAUGGGAAACCAAAGAGCCCCAGGACAGACGUGGUGGGGAGCCCGGCAAUGGCUGGAGGAUGAGCCCCGGCGGUGGGGAAGCCCCCGGGCUCCCUUUACCCUCCUCUUCCCCCUUGGCAGCUCCUUCUCCAUCUCAAGUCUUCCUCUCCUAUGGCUGGCAGUGACUGGGGCCGCACACUGGAAGAUUGGAGAUGCUUCACCCCCACCUUUGGGCUCCUCCGGUCCUUCCCCACUUGGGGAUGUUCUAUGCCAUGGAACGGAGCCUUCUCCAGCUCCCUGGAGCACCCAGCCUGGGACCAUGGGUGGCUCCUUCCUCCUGUAGCAAUGCAGCACCAACCACUAGUGAUCCCAGCUCCCACUCCUCAUGGAUGGAGCCGGCUCCCGUGUCCCCCUCGCUGCUGCCCUGGGUUCAGGGGCUGUAGAGUUGAGGAUGCUGUGUCCUUGCUGGUUUCCCUUUGCUUUGCUCCCGGGUUUUAUGAGUUCUCUGCAGAGCAGAGGUGCAGUUUGACUCGCUGCCUCUGUGUGAAUGGGGUUUCACUGCAGUGUGCAUUGGUGGCAGGUUUUGGGCUGGUUUGAAGGCUCUCUUUGGCUGCUCCUCUCAGCUGGGCUGAGCUGGGCUCCCUCCUGCAGGACAGCCACAAACCCCUGGGAGAGCGAUAGGAACAUCCCUGGGCAGGAUGUGGUGGUCCUGGGAUGGGCAUGGUCCUGCCAGGGCUCCAAGGAGCCGGGAGGAAGCAGCAUGAGCUGAGAUGGAUCUUUUCUGGCUGCCCGUUUUGGUGUGGACUUUUCUGGAGCGCAAAGGCUUAACCCUUAACCCCCAUCUCCCUGCAGGCAGCAGCCUCCUGCUGCCGGUUGUGGUUCUCCAUCCCUCAUCCCUGCUUUGGCUAACGGCUGGGAUAGCCAGGCUGUCCCUUGAUAGCAGCGACUCACUGUGUGGUAACGAUAACCUGUACAUCCCCUCAGUCCCUUAACCCGGGUUCGUGUGACUGCGAUGCUCCCUGUUGGAAACUGCC